AUGGCUCCUGCGGCACGCCACAGGGGGCUGCGAGGUGCUCAGUCAGCGACGGCGACGGUGCACCCACGCGAGCAAGUGGUUCUUCCCGGAGAUCAAGUCAAACUCAUGUGCCGGACGGGCGUGCCGAUAGUGUACUGCCGCAUGGAGACCCCCAGGGGCGGCAAACCCUUGUUCCUGAACCCCAUCACGAAAGUGACACCCCCUGGGGAUCCCGUCUACUACGGUGAAGGCUACGAGAAGGGCCAGUGCGGCAUGAUGCUCCAACGGGCGUCAGACCGUGACAACGGUGUUUGGAAGUGCACCAUGGGAAAUGCUCAGAGUGCAGAAGAGCUGGUGGAGACCGCCAUCAUCACUGUCGCCCGAGCACCAGUGCAGCCGCAGAUCUAUCUGACACCAUCGGACUCGACAACGGGAGACGGUAAUCGGUAUGAAUUAGUUGCGGGGAAAUCCGUCCAUGCCUCAUGUAGCAUCCCCAAUGGCCGGCCACCUGCCAACCUCACCUGGUUCAUUGGUGAUCAACCAGUGACUGACGGACUAUCAAGGCUGGAAGAGACAAGAGGCACAGUAAAUGAGACGUGGACAGUAUCACAGAACUUGACAAGAGAAGUCACAUGGCAAGAUAAUGGGAAAUAUUUACGUUGCAUCUCCCAGCAUCUUGCGCUGACUAAUGCUGCAAUGAAUGAAAGUAGAAUUAUGCUGAAUGUAACAUAUCCACCUCAGCCACAGUUAUCCUCUCCAACUGAGCAGUUUGGAUUUGAAGUUGGUAAGGAAGGAAUAAUCAAAGUGCAAAUCCAAGCAAACCCAACGCCAAGAGUAGUAUGGGAAGUUGAUGGAAAACAGGUUCAAGAGGGUUCCACUGAUCCUGAAAACCACUAUCAAGCAAGCAUUCCAGAAAACUUGGGAGGAGGCACAUGGGAAGCAACCUUAAGAAUCACCCGUGUUGAAGAGACAGAUAUAAAUAAGCAGUUUACACUUAAAGCAUCAAAUUACUAUGGAUCAGCAACUUACAAAAUAUCUCUGUCUACAAGUUCAGAACCUACAGCUCAAAAUGGAUUUUCAGUGAUGGAGCUUGGAGCUGGCUCAAUUAUUGGUAUUGUAGUGGCAAUCCUCUUCGUGCUACUUGUCAUCUUCCUUGUGAUUUUUGCCAGAGCAACAGGCCGAUGGUGUUUUGCAGGUGGAGUAUCCUCAUCGCGAAAUGACAUUCGAGAGUCAAGUGACACAGAAAGUGCUGAUCACGGCCCUGCAAACAAGACAAAGACACCAAAGAUGAAUCUCAGCUACAUUUUCAACAAGAAAAAAGAUAAAGUAUCUGAUGAGCCCCCAGAACCUCCCAAGAUGGAACCAGAAAUGCAAUCAGCAGCUGAGCCUCUCCAACAGAAAACAAGUCGUGGUGACAUAGUUUAUGCAGAACUUGAUCUGAAAGAUGUAGCGGGAAAACCACGACCACAGGUUCGACCAGAGGAGGACAGGACAGAAUAUGCAGAAAUUGUGUACACAGCAAAGUCAAAAGAACCUGAUCUACAAGAGAAAUAAGAAGAAACUCUUAAUUGUAACAUAAUGUAAUUUUUGUUUUCUGGAAAUGAACAGUCUUGUGUUGAAAUAACUGUGCAUACGAUUGCAUUGCUAAUUCAGAACACAUGCACUAAUGUUUUGCAGCACUGAGUUGUGUUGACACUCACUGAAAAAAACAUCAGAUUGUGAAAUUAUUAACUACAUAUAUAAUUACAUGACAUUAUUGAUAUUAAUAGGGAAUAAGUAAUUUUUCCUACAUCAGUGUCUCAUAUUAAGUGACAAAGCAGCUUAGUGGCUGUAUAUGACAAUCACCUUCGGCUUUAUUCUCUCUCUCUCUCUCUCUCCAAAUUAUUGGGAGUAAUGUCUCCUGGCACUGUAACAUGAAUUCAGAGCUCCACAAUGUCAGCGCCUUAUCCUUCCUUUUCUGGGCAUGUUUGUUUUAAAUUUUGUGAGUGUCAUUCUCUGGUUUGUCAUCUCCCUAUACCUUCCCAACAGGCUCUCCCUUCGUUUCUCCCUUUAUUUAAUUUUUCAGAAUUGAAUAAUCUCAAGAUUCAGUGUACAUGUAACAACUGUGGCCAUAUCAAUCAUUUCCGCCCUGUAAAGAAAACUUUUGUUCAUCUUCAGUAACGGCGACACUACGAAGUUCUACCAUACUGCAUUUUAAUUCAUUGAUUUCUUAAUUAACAGUUCCUACAGUAUAUUAUUGAUACUACUUUCAUAACUAUCUUAUAUUUGGUUACACUGAUUAGCUGCCCAAUAAGGCAUUAUUUGCGAAUGCAGGUUUCCUCAAUCAACUGCAUUGACAAAUUCUUGUCAGGAAAUCAGCGGAGUAGUAUUUUUCUUUCAGCGUGAUCUUUCUUACUUGAUGUCUUCUGGCAAAAUUUGCUUCUUGAAACACUGCUAAAUUGAAAAUAUUUCUUGGCUGAUUUCCCCAAGAAAAACUAUCAAGAUAUUAUUUGUUCUUCAUUAUACAUAUUUUAGCUGUAGUUGUAUGAACAUGUUACAUGAAUGAUUGAUUAGCUUUUAGUGUAAUAAUAUAUGUAAAUAAUAGUGUAAGUUGAUGAGUGCACAAAAUUAGACGUGCUGUUCAUAGAGUUAAAAGCAUUGGAUAGUGAUAGUAAUAGUUCCAGCUAUGAUUGUACAUGUUUCAUAAAGGAUGAAAAUGAUGAAAGAAAAAUGUGGAGCUCACAUGCAAUAAGAUGGAAUGUCAAGUCUGAGAUUCAAAUAGGAUCAUUAUACCAAUAGCCAUGCCAAGUAGGUGUUUGAUCAUACCAGUGCUGCCAGUUCAAAAGAAUAAUUUGUCACCACAUUUUUCAGUGUCAUUUAUUGCAAAACAGCAUAAAUGUAAGUGAUAGAUGUACCAUGACCACAGAGAAUACCUACACUGUGCAGAAUAAAUUUACUUAUGAAAUUAAAAACACUUCUACUGCAUAAUAUUGCAGCUGUAAGCACAUCAUCCUUUAUGAAAUAUUUAUAU